GCGUAGACCGCGGGAGGCCGUCCGGCGCUGGGCGCGUGCGCAGUGUGCGCCGCUAUUGUCUUGUUUCCUUCCCUCCUCCUCAGGAGGAGGAGGCGGCGGCGGCUGAGGCAGUGGCGGCUGAGGAGGCUCGUCAGUCCCUUCUCCCCCCUGGAUGAGCCCCGCCGGAGGCCCGAGCCGCCCUCUGGGGCGCGGCGGAGAGAAGAAGCCGAAACAGAAGGAGGAGGAAGAGGAGGAGGAUGCAGCAGUAGAGGCGGAGGCGGCGGAGGAGGCCUGGCCCCGGCCAUGGGCGGCAAGCAGAGCUCCGCGGCGGCGGCAGCGGCGGCUACGGGAGGAGGAGGAGGAGGUCCCGGAGGCCGCGCCAUGGGCCUCCGCAGCCGCUCCGUCAGCUCCGUGAGCGCCGCCGCCGCCAGCGCCGCGGGGGAGGCCUCCUCGACGGCGUCCUCCUCCUCCUCCUCGGCGCCAGGCCCCACGCCUCAGCCUCACCCUUCCUCCUCGGCCUCCGGAGCAGGCCCCGCCCCCUUCUCCCAUGGCAACGGUUUCCAGGAGACCACAGGGGGAGGGGGCGCGCCUGCCCCCCGCGACGGGGUGCUCUACCUGGGCGCGCGCGCCUCCUCCGCCCUCGCCGACGCCCUCCCCAUACACCUCGGCCCAAGGUGGUUCGGCGCCUCGCACGGAGGUUUCAAGUGCCCCAUUUGCUCCAAAUCCGUGGCUUCCGAUGAAAUGGAAAUGCACUUUAUCAUGUGUCUGAGCAAGCCCCGACUCUCCUACAAUGAUGACGUGCUGACCAAGGACGCGGGCGAGUGUGUCAUUUGCCUGGAGGAACUCUUGCAGGGGGACACGAUAGCUCGGCUUCCUUGCCUGUGCAUUUACCACAAAAGUUGUAUAGAUUCUUGGUUUGAAGUGAACAGAUCCUGUCCAGAGCACCCUUCAGAUUGACCAUGGUGAUGCUUGCUGACCUCGCUGAAGGUUGCCCCAUCAGUUGCUCUUCCCAUAUCGAACCCUUUUCCGAAAUGAGCUCUGGGAUGAUGAUAGAAAAAAGGGACGGGGGACAUUGUGAGAACUUCUCUCCUUUGAAAAAGGGCAGAUGAGACACUGCUGCUCCGCCCAAAAAGAAAGAAGUCGCUGGGUUCUUUGGGAGCAAAAAAGGGGGAGCCUGCCAAGAGCCAGAGCCCGGCUGCCAGUUCCCGAGCGCAGCCAUGAUGUUUGUUUGGGCCCUUUCCGGCCGCUAGCCAAACGGAGUCUGGGAGUCGCCGUUCAGCGAGGACUCACACCUUUUCUUUCCAUGUUUGCACUGACCAGGUGAUCCCUUCUCCCCGCUUCUCAUCCUCCUCUCCAUCCAAACAGUGUCCCAUUUGGAAAUGGAAGAGGAGGGUCUUCCCUCUCCGUUUGCACCCCUCUCCCCAAUGUCUCCCGAGGAGGAAAAGGGCCUUUUCCGUCACUUUUUUUGAUGAAGGCGUUGUAGGUUUGUCUUUUCAAGUGUUUACAAAACAAAACAAACAGCCAUUUUUUUCCGUGUCAAAACAAGAUGUGUGUUCCUGGUGAAGUUUACAAGGACUGCGUUCCCUUCGGCCUCCCAGCGUCGACAUCCCGGGCGAUGGGAGACACAGGAUUUCUGAAGACCUUCUCCUCGCCUUUCGCUCUUCAUUUUGCCCUUUCAAUCUCAUUGCCAAAAGCCUCCCCUUCCCCAUUUUUCCUCCCUCUUCGCCUGGGUUCGGACUCUCUCUGCUCUGGGGCAAUUCUGAAGGGCUGUCGCCAUUCACAAGUGUCCUGCUAAGAUGCCUGAACCGCUCUCGGCCCUUUGCGGGAAAGUGGGAAAUGGUGAUUUCUCUUUUUUUUUUUUUCUUAAAAGCAACACACACACUCUCUCUCUCUCACACACACACACCGGUCCACGUUUGAGCACGAAGCAAAGACUGCAUCAGCCAUGGGACAAAUAAAAACCCCUGCAGAUCGCUUCCAUCCAGCAGGAAAGGUGUCUGUAUUUAUAUAGCAAAACAAAGAACUUUGAAAACCACACAAAAAAAACAUUCAAAGCUUGGGAAGGGAAACUUUCCCCUAUUAGUCAAGGUGUUUUGAUAUGGUAUUAAAUAAUGUUCAAUAAAAUAGUCACUGUUAUUUUA